AUUAGAUCCCAACUAACAGUAAGCCAAGGUGGAAAAAGUUACAAAACUCCAGUAGUCGAAUUCACAGAAAACAUGCUGAAAAGUAGUGAUGGGGAAACAAAGCUUCCUGAAGCAUUGGCUCUUUCCAGAUAAUUGUUUAAAAAAAAAUAGGUUCAUUACUCAAGGCUUUGAGCGACACAGAAUUUAGAACAGCCACAUUUUUAAAGAUGACGUCCCCCACCGUAGCAGCGUAGCCUUCAUGUCUUCUACGAAACCACGGGCCUUCAUCGAGAGCAUCAAGUCUAUGCUGAAUUGUGGGUAAACGGUGACUGGCUGACUGAUUUAUAAAUAAUAAUGAGUAGUUAUUUAUGAUGCAAGGUGAUUUGUAAAUCAGUCAGUCAGCAGCCACCUGCACUGUCGGCUGCAAUGUCGAACGAGCCCAAAUUAAUCAAAACCAAUCAGGUGUUCGACGAAAUGAUUCAUCAGACGUCAUUGAUCACGUGCUGCUGAUAAAGGGACACUACUUUGAAUUAUACCGCUUAGCGACUUCAGUACAUGCCUCAUAGCUCCAGUCUCAAACUUAACCCCGUUCCUGAUUAUGAAGAAGAGGUGGUCUGCCUGCUGGAUGGAGAAAGACGCUCUCGUGGAAGAGGAGGCUGUUACAAUACAAAAACAAGUAGAGGUUGAGGCUGUUACCGUGAAAGAAGAAGAGAAAGAGGUCUCAGUUAAAGAAGAGGAAGACUCGUUCAGAGUCAAAGAGGGGGACGACGACGUUUCAGUGAAAGAAGAGGGGGAGGUGACUGUCACAUCGGAAAAUGAAGAAGAGGAGGAAACUGGAUGUCUGGGCCCGGUUUCCCAAACGCAUCUUAAUGCGUCCGAUGGUUCUAACGAUGAACGGGCCCUGAUUAACCCUAGAGAGAGACCUGACUAUCGUGGAUCCUCUGGGGGGCCUCAACAACCUCAUGAUGGUGACAGGGCAGAGAAGAGUCUCUCCAAAUCAAAACACCUCAAGAAACACCAGCAGAGACCCACAGGGAAGAAAUCUCAUUGCUGCUCUGACUGUGGGAAAGGUUGCAAAUCUUCAUCAGAACUUAAAAUACACCAGAGAACACACACAGGAGAGAAACCUUAUAGCUGUGGUCAAUGUGGGAGGAGUUUUGUUCAAGCUAGCCAUCUGACUCAACACCAGAGAACACACACAGGAGAGAAACCUUAUAGCUGUGAUCAAUGUGGGAGGAGUUUUACUACAUCUAGCAUUCUGACAGUACACCAGAGAACACACACAGGAGAAACACCUUAUAGCUGUCAUCAAUGUGGGAGGAGUUUUACUAUAUCUAGCAGUCUGACAUUACACCAGAGAACACACACAGGAGAGAAACCUUAUAUCUGUGAUCAAUGUGGGAGGAGUUUUGUUCAAGCUAGCCAUCUGACUCAACACCAGAGAACACACACAGGAGAGAAGCCUUAUAGCUGUGAUCAAUGUGAGAGGAGUUUUCCUACAUCGAGCCAGCUGACUUCACACCAGAGAACACACACAGGAGAGAAGCCUUAUAGCUGUGAUCAAUGUGAGAGGAGUUUUCCUACAUCGAGCCAGCGAACUUCACACCAGAGAACACACACAGGAGAGAAACCUUUUAGCUGUGAUCAAUGUGAGAGGAGUUUUCCUACAUCGAGCCAGCUGACUUCACACCAGAGAACACACACAGGAGAGAAGCCUUAUAGCUGUGAUCAAUGUGAGAGGAGUUUUCCUACAUCGAGCCAGCGAACUUCACACCAGAGAACACACACAGGAGAGAAACCUUUUAGCUGUGAUCAAUGUGACAAGAGAUACUCUGAUAAAAGAUCUCUGAUCAAACAUCAGAAAAUACAUACAUGAAGAAGUUGUUUCAUAAUAUCACUGAAAUAAUGUCACAAUGUAGAAUGUUUUAACAUUGUAGUAGGAGUAUUUUAAUGAUGUCACAAUGUAGAAUGUUUUAGCAUUGUAGUAGGAGUAUUUUAAUGAUGUCACAAUGUAGAAUGUUUUAACGUUGUAGUAGGAGUGUUUUAAUGAUGUUCUACCUUAUCGUUUACCCUGUUCAAUUGAUUGCAGCAUGAUAUGGAUAUUAACCUCAGGGGGAAAUCCAGGCUCUGAAUUGAAAGAUUAUUAUUAAACAAAAAGUGACUAACAAAAAAAAGAGCUGUGUUACACUUACUGUGUUGGUGACCCACUUUAAUCAAAAUGCAGCACUUCAAAAUGUAGUGAGCUGUUUUCUUCAAGUGGAAAAAAAUGCAUGUAAUUUGAUAAUUGUUGCAGAUGUUUGUGGACAGCCUAGUGGUUAGAGCGGUGGACUAGUACCCGGAAGGUUGCAAGUUCAAACCCCCGAGCUGACAAGGUACAAAUCUGUCGUUCUGCCCCUGAACAGGCAGUUAACCCACUGUUCCUAGGCCGUCAUUGAAAAUAAGAAUGUCUUCUUUUAACUGACUUGCCUAGUAAAAUAAAGGUAAAAUUAAAAGAUUGUAUAUACACACAUGUAAGCAGUAUAAUAAAUUGGUCUAUAAUCAAUUUUCUUAACAAUCUGACAUCACUCCAGUAUUUCUUGACAACAUUUAAAUUCUAAUUGUCUUUAUUCCCGUACUGGGCAGUCAGAAAUGUUUGCGUUUAGUCAGUGAGUUGCCAUGGAUCACAAUUUAUUUUGACUGCACGUUUUUCCUGUAUUGGAGAUUUAGUUUUUUUUGGGGCUCGUUCCAAGGGGACGAGAGUUCUAGAAGCUAGUGAGUUUUAGGAUUCUAUAGAAAGAAAAAUGAGAAGAUACGAUUGUAUAUUAUUAUUUAGAAAUGUGUUUUUUUUCUUGUUUUUAAUUGUUGAUAGCCAGACACUGCUUAUAUUGGACAAGGUGAAGCAUUGUAGUUGAUUAUAAUGUAAAGUGGGAGUUUUCUGGUGUUGAGCAAACUUGUCCAACACAAAUAUACGAUAGUGGUGGAAUGACAGAUUUGUUAUUGUUUAAACUUGCAGAUUGCUGGGUUGUGUGUUUUUUUUAAACAGCAACAAAAUGGCUGCCCAGAGACUUGGUUUGGUUAACUGCUGAGGGAUGGGGUCUGGAGAAGUGAAUCCACUCACAUUCUUAGAGAAGGCUAUUGUAACUGUAAUCUAACACCCAGCGACCUCGUCAAGAAGUUCAGAAAUCUUGGCGUAACAGUUCUAAGGUGUUGGCUUGACAGUUGCUGGACCCAGGUUUGAGUUCAGCCCAGGGCCUCUCCCUGAAUUCACUACACUAUUAAUACAAGGACUGGCCAUCCAUGAGGUCAAAAUUAUUUUUUUAAACAGAUUUUGAGGCUACAUAGUAUGUUCUAUAAUUGCCAGUGUAGAUUUCCUGUGAGGGCAAAUUAUUAGAACUGUUGAUAAGUCAUUGUCUGCCAUUUUUGUUCAUGCCCUUACAUUAAAGGCAAGACAUACCUAGAUUCAAUUACAUUCAUGAAUUGGUUUGAAACCUUUGUUUUUGGUGACUUGAAGGAUUUGUAAAAUAUGGUUUGUCAUGAAUCACUUUUUUUUAAAUGAUUUAAAUGUAACCUUUAUUUAACUAGGCAAAUCAGUUAAGAACAAAAUCUUAUUUACAAUGACUGCGUUCCCUGGACGACGCUGGGCCAAUUGUGCGCCGCCCUAUGGGACUCCCAAUCACGGCUGGUUAUGAUACAGCCUGGAUUUGAUCCACGGUCAACCAAGAGUCAUCUGUAAUUUCCAACCUGACUAGGAAGGAGCCGGUCAUCGACACAACCUGACUAGGAGGGAGCCGGUCAUCGACACAACCUGACUAGGAGGGAGCCGGUCAUCGACACAACCUGACUAGGAGGGAGCUGGUCGUCGACACAACCUGACUAGAUAGAGCCGGUCGUCGACACAAUUUUUAUUUAUUUAUUUUAAUUUUACUCAGCAAGUCAGUUAAGAACACAUUCUUAUUUUCAAUGAUGGCUUAGGAACAGUGGGUUAACUGCCUUGUUCAGGGGCAGAAUGACAGAUUUGUACCUUGUCAGCUCGGGGAACCGAUCUUGCAACCUAAGGGUUUAGUAUCCUGUUACCCUCUUCCUGUCAAACCAGAAGAUGUAAGCAUUGCUGAGGAGGAUUGUCCAAAGUGGGGUAUAUAUACUUGUGAUGGUGAGAACACAUUUUUGUCUGAAUUACAGCUGUAAAGACCCUUUGGGAAUAUUUAAACAUGGUUAAGCUUCUCUAGUGUCCGUGAGUUAUUCACUCUGAAAAAUUAGAACCUAACACUAUAAUUAGUGUUCACUGAAGUAGGGAAACGAGGUACAACGCCUGUUUGUCCCUACCCCUUCCUGGGUCGGUGAAGAGCGGUAUUAAACUUAAGGAAUAAAUCCGAGCCUCACACUCAUCACCUGUAGAAGGUUUUGUUUUUUUGUAUUCUGAAAUGCACUCGAACUAUGUAUCAUUCAGUGGCUCCUUAUGUUAAGCUUGAAAAACAGUUUUCGUGGGAACAGAAAUACUAAAUAAUUUCAGAGUUUGCUAAAUCCAAUGGUUUUUAACUGAGUGUCAUCUUGUAAUCAAUUAUUGGUAUUCAUUGCUGACCAAUUAUUGGUAUUCAUUUCCUACCUGUAGCUCACUAUGAGGCGUCUAGUGAUACAGGUUAAGGGCCCUGUUGGAGAUUGGUGGUUGGUAGCGGAGUCGAGGGAACAAGCAGGGUUGGACACGGCCAUGUCAUUAUCCCACACAGUCUCUGUGGUUCAUAUGUACCCCAUUCCUGGGAAUUAUAUUUGUAACUAUGCCUGCUUGUUAUAGAAAAAGUAAUUAGGGGAAAACUAUUUAGAAACCUGAAAUAAAAUAACAAACCGGUUUGAAAAAUGAAAACUAUUCCAAAACUAGUAAGAUGUGUUUGUUGUUGUAAAUGUUAUAUAUUUUUUGUCUUUUUUGUAUGUAUUGCAAUAUAUUUCAAUCUCUUUUUCCAUGUUUAAAUUAAAUAAACCGUCCCGUAACCCGUCUCA